UCUACUGCACUUGUAUCUGCAAAAACAGACCUCAGCGCAUCUCUCCUGUCAACAAUGCGUCUCUACCAUUGCACGCAGGCAUCACAAAAAAUUGGUCUUCGAAAUAAAAGAGAGAGACAUCACUGCUGGAUGGUUAAACCCCACCAGGUGACUGAGAGUCAACAACAGGAGGAUGGUGACCUCAUCAAGCCCAGGAAGCUGCCAAAUCCCAUCCUGGCUUCUCACCAGCACAGAGCCCUUCACCAGGAGCUGCUUUUCUGCCACAGACGAGGUCUCCUGCCGAGAAGAAAGCCGGAGCUGCAGCGUGUGCUGGAACACAAACAGAGAGAAGAGCUCAAGAAGAGGGAGCUGGCCCUCCAUCUUCCCUCCGAUUUGGAGGCGAAGCUACGCACAAGGCAGCAGAGACUACAAGUUUGUGAGCUGGAGGAGAAGAAAAGGAACGAGAGCCUACAGAACGUACCAGAGUUCAUCCGUGUCAGAGGAACCUUGAAGCAUGUCCAAAUUUUUUCGUUGUGA